ACAAGACAUCUAUCUACAUUUACACCUCUAGCAAUCCAAUAAAAUUCAAGUGUUAUCGACUAUUUACCCAUUAAUCAUAUUGUAUUUAAUUUAAAAAUUACCCCUGAUUUAUUGGGUAUGCCUCUCACCCAACCCGCGCUAGGUCACGUGACGGAAAUGAAGUACACCGAAGAUUAAACGAAAACAUGGCAGCACCCGAGACAGACGUGCCGAACUUACUCGGCGAAAAAUCGACACCCGCUAAGCUGGAGGAAUUGUCCAGAGAGGCAAGUCCAUCUUCCACAUCUUCAAACUUGGAGAGUGAAAACUUGGCAGAAAAAUGUACAGAACUCCUCCAGGGAUCUGAGAACGCUGACUCCCCCUCCUCCAACCCCACACUACUCACCUCCAAACUCCUACCUGACCCCAGCAUCAUGCCAGGAGAAAGAUCCUCCCAUGUCAAAGGCAACGUCUCAGAAAAACUUCUUCCAGAUCAGUGUGUGCUUCCAGAAGAGCCUCGUCCCCCAUGGAAAGGGACCCUGGUGCAGUGUGCCAAACUGUGGUCCUACCUCUCGGGAAUUUCAACCUUCGAGAGGGCCAACAUGUUGAGAAAAGGGAGGGAAGUUCAUAAGAUCUAUGUGGAGGUCAUCAAAGGAAAAACAUUUUUGGAUGAUCAGUUUUCCUACACAGAGUUUGGUCGUAUGGUGCUGACCAAUGGGACCAUCAGAGCUGGGAGAGCUAAAAAUGCCAAACAGAUUGUUGUUGCCAGGGAGACUCUGUACUGCAGUGGGUCUGGAGCAUGUAAGCGGGCCUGUGGGGGAUAUGGAGAAUGUGUUGCAGGUUGUGAAAAAACCAAAAUGAGGGGACAUAAGUGUAGCUACCGAGUAAAGCUCACCAUGCGUUUAGGAUACGUCAACCACUGGUUUGUGGAAGUACUGGGAGACCAUGAUCAGUUUGGGUCCCUGAAUGACUCUGUUCCCACCCCUUCUAGCCUGUCCCCCAGCACCCAAAAAGCAGAGGAUGUUUCUAGUUCCCCUAGUAGUGAUCUCAACAUGAUGCAUACUAAGUCAUCCUCACCAACCACCCCACACCACAUGAAUGGCCCAACAGACUUUGUCACUAUGGUGCCACAAGUUACAAUUGCUAUGCCCAAUACCUUGCCGAACUCUUUCCACAAUGCUUUGCCAAAUGCCAUUUUUACAACCCCAUCUAUGAAUUUGCCAGUCAACUUGCCAGUUAUUAGCCAACAAGCUGUUUUUACAACCCCAAACUUGCCAUUGUUCAUGACAGCUGGGACAAAUAUUCAAAGCCGGGAUUCCCCUUAUAUGGGGAUGGUGAUACCUGAAUUUAACCAACAAGAUGUUCCACUUCCAUUGGUGAAAAUGAAAAAGGAACCCACAGACAAUGGUUAUCAAGACAAACAUAGUCCUACAGACUCUUUUGAGUCAAAUUCUAAUGACAGCUUUCAUUCAGUUACACCAAAGACAUCUAGUCCAAGCAGAGCCAAAGCUAGAAAGAAAUUCACACCUUACCAGGUGAUAAACACCUCUCUUAAAGAGAACCAAACCAAACAAGAUGUUGCUGACUCUACAACACUGUGCAACAGUGACAACCAAAGUGCUCAUAGGAAUGGAAACCAAAGAGGAAUGCCGGAAACCAAUGUAAGACGAGAACUCCGAGACCUUGUGGCCAAGCGAGAACUGGACAGGUGCUUGGGAGUUCAGUCAAACCCGAAGGAUGAAGAAAUGAGUGACAAUUUGCGACAGCUUAUAUCUGAGGGUGAGAUGGAGAAUGGUUACACGUACAUUUGGGACGAUGAUCUGUCAACGGAAAAUGGAAAAGCAGACAAGGUAGAGGGCACCACUGAGGCCCAGGAUUUGAUGACAAGAGUUCGUCAGCUUGAGUCCCACGUAAAACAGCUACGAAAUGUUGUCCUGAAAGGUCAAGGUGAAGGUCACAUCAAGAAAAAGGCCAAAGGCAGAGAAUUUGAUUUUAAGAAGUACAACACGAGACAUAUUGCCCUAAAGAUCCUGUACCUAGGCUGGGACUACCAUGGCUUCGCUGUACAAGAGGAUACAGAGAAAACUAUUGAGACAGCCCUGUUUGAGGCCCUGCUCAAGACCAAGCUGAUUGAGUCUAGAGAAACCUCCAACUACCACCGCUGUGGACGAACGGACAAGGGAGUCAGUGCUUUUGGACAGGUAAUCUCCCUUGAUGUUCGUACCAAUCUUGUGGAAGGGACUGGAGUUAAGAUCAGAGAAGAUGGCACUGCACAGGAACGCCCUGGAGAUAAAGCUACAGAGUUGCGGUUUUGUUACCUCCUUAAUAAGGUGCUUCCUCCUGAGAUCAGAUGUCUGGCCUGGGCCCCUGUAGACCCAAGCUUUAGUGCUAGAUUUGACUGCAAGAAGCGAACCUACAAGUAUUUCUUUCCUAAGGGUAGCCUUAAUUUACAGGUCAUGCAAGAGGCUGUGGACAAGCUGAUUGGAGAACAUGAUUACAGGAACUUCUGUAAAAUGGAUGUGGGAAAUGGGGUUGUGAAUUAUACAAGGAAGAUAGUAUCAGCCGAAAUAUUGACUGUGGAUGAAGGAGAGGAGGGUUACCAGAUGUGUGAACUGACCAUUGUUGGCCUGGCAUUCCUGUGGCAUCAGAUCCGCUGUAUUGUCGCUCUGUUGUUCAUGAUUGGUCAAGGAAAGGAGAAACCCGAGAUCAUUGAUGAGUUGUUGGAUGUUGAAAAGAAUCCCAGAAAACCACAGUACACAAUGGCCUCAGAGCUGCCCUUGAAUCUCUUUGAUGCUGAGUUUGCGGCAGACAUGGAAUGGAUUUAUGAAGCAGAUUGGCAUGAAGAGAAUAUCAAGCAUUUGCAGCAGAUCUGGGCACAACAUAUAAUCAGGGCAUCAAUGAUUAAGAGGAUGUUGGAGGAAAUGGAUAAAGCGAAGGUUGAAACAGACAGUGACAUAGCUCCCUGGGCCGACUUGAGUGGACCUGUUUGUAACCAGGCUGAUUGGAUUGUACCAAUGAAGGGCAAAGUCCACAAACCUCUGCUAGAAAGACAAUUGUGUGACAGCUUAGAAGACAGAAUGGAGCAUUAUGCUAAAAGGAGAAAAAUUUCUGUAGUUCAGAGUACAGAAGACACAUGAUGGACUUACAGUAUCGACUAGUCUGCUUUCUCUUACAAUGGCUUUCCCCAAGGAAUCCUGUUUUUCCAGAGGUUUAUUCCAAGAUCUGUUUUCAUUUAAAUACAAGAGGGCACAUUUGAUGUUUUUAAUGCUGAGGAGAAUAUGUGAAGAUACAGGGAAAAUGUGAAUCAUGAUUUGUUAUUUUUUAUUGUUAUUUAAACUCAUUUGUUGAUUGGUAAACAUUUCGUACUUGAUAUACACUUGAAGUUGGUUAUGUGUCAUGAUAAAUUUUACUCCGUGAAGUUUUGUGUUGCCAAAUGAUUUUUUGUGUAAAGAUUUCAUUUACAUGUAGUUGUUGAUUCUCUUGUACUAUUUUAUGAAUAGAAUGUUUUUUUUUAUUUAAAAAGAAAAGAUGUUACUCUUUUAACCAAUGCAUACUUAUACAUUUGUGUUCAUGAUAACCAGUGGCCAAGGUUUGACAUAGCUAAGAAUUUCAUGGAAGAAAUAGUAUAUAUAGAUACUAGUUCUCUUAGAUUGAAAAGGGUGCUGUAUAUUUUGCUUUAAUUUGUUAUUACAUUUAUUUUGUUUAGAAUAAUUUCAUGACAAAUUCUCCUUUAUAUAAAUGUUGGAAGAUGUAUAGAAGUGGAAGCGUGCCAUAAUCAUAAUAAUGUCUUUAUUUGGUGUACAAGGUGUGGUGAAUGUCAGCAUGUGUUAUGAUUAUCCUUAGAACCUUUCAAUAUGUUCCUGAGUGAGUUUAUAAUGCAAUAUUAUAAUACUGCCACAGAAUAAUCUCUAGUCAGUGGAUUUUGUCUCGUAAUUAUAAGGCUGCUUGUUGGAUAAUUUAUCAAGAAAACCUUUGUUGUAAUAUUUAGAGGUAGUUAUUGAGUAUCCAUCUGCUGACAUAACUAUGGCAUUAGGUAGUAAUUAUUUUUUAGGAAUUUAGAAUAGGUAUUUAUAUUAGGAAUUUUAUUUACUCAAAAUUUUAUCAUGUUUUUUUAUUGUGGUAAAUACUCCCUCCUCAGUACAAUUUAGAUAAGCUGUAAGGAAAAAAGAAAUGUUUGUCAUCAUUAUAAUGACUCAACUGAAGGCAAUAAUAAUAUUCUAAGGUUUUUGAUUUUGUUAUUAAAUGCUGCCCAGUCAGAAAGUUAUUGGAGCUUUUACUGUAGGGAAACAGGAAUACUCAUAUUCACUCAAGGUGCAUAUUAUCUAUAGUUCAUAUAUAUUAUAUAUACAGUUUAUAUAGAGAUGUUAUUCCGCGUUAUGAGGUGUGAUGACAGAGCUUCCAUGUCUUCUCUGUGUUUGUACACGUUCUACCACAUACUGCUCAUAUUUAACAGAAAGUCCAUUCUUAAUCAGCAUUAUUCAUUAACAAAAAUCUCUUUUGAUGAUCUGAUUCCAGUGGUUAAGGAAUUCAAUUUACACAUUUUUCCUGUUUUUGGAGAUUUUUUUUUUUUUGGAAUAUCGUUUAAAGAUAAAAAAAAAAACUUGAGAUAUUCCUCUGUGAAUAAUUGCUCCAAGUUUGCAUGAUAAGAUAAAAUUAUGGAUGUAUUUUAGGUUUUUUUUAUAUAUAAUAUAUAGAAAAUAUUAAGUAGAAUGUGUUGUUAUGGCAAUUUUUUUUUAGAAUUAGAUGAUUGUGCCAAAUAUUGUAUUUGUUGAUGUAUGUCUUGUAUAUAUAUAAACAUAUAUACAUCUUGUAUUGAGUGUUCUAGUCGAGGGUCUGGGUUUUCUCUAUGUUUCUUGAUUGGAAUAUAUAAUAUAUAUAAUUUUUUUGCAUAAGACUAGUCUAUAAAAAACCCCCACAAACAUGCAGUUAUAAAAUUAGAAUCACAAAGGAAAUUAUGAUACUAAAUUUAAAAAUAUGAUGAUUUUGAAUGAUUCUAUGAUUUUCUUUUAAAUUACCAAAGCAAACUGUAUGCUAUAUCCAAAGUUUAGAAUUCUGUUUGAUGCAGUCAUUCACAGAAAAAAGCGAGUCAAUUUUUGGAAGUUUUACAAAUUUUUAAUGUAUGCAACAUGCAAGUUGGCUUUAAAAAACCCUAGAUAAUGCUUUAGAAUUUUUAUAGAUAUUUUUAUUGAGAUUAUUUGAAGGUUAAAUGAUCAGGGUAUAUUGUCAAAAUUACUGAUAUUGCCAGUGUAAUCAUGGAAUAAUUCAUAAUUUAUACAAGUACUUGUAUUCAGAAUUGUUGUAUAUGGACUGCCAAUUUGUACUUAACAACACAGUACAUGCAAUACAUAGGGCGGUUUCCCUUUGAAUGGUGCAUAUAUUAAUGUUCAGUGAGCUUCCAUUUGGAAUCAUCUUUAAAUAUAAGAAGGCUUCCAUCUUUGAAAUUCACUUAUAGCUGUUAUUGCAAGACAUUUUUGAAAUUCUUUUUUUAACAGAACAUUUUGAUGUACAAUGUUGAUGAAUAAAGUCAGACAAGAUAUUGUA